UCCCGUCACGGCGCCGUUUCCGGCGCGCCCCGGACGCGGCCGUGGCGGCCAUGGCGGAGCUGGCGGCGGCGGAGGAGCUCGCUAAGCUCGAGUACCUGUCGCUGGUGUCCAAGGUGUGCACCGAGCUCGACAACCACCUGGGCAUCAACGACAAGGACCUGGCCGAGUUUGUGAUAAGCCUUGCCGAGAAAAAUACCACGUUUGACACGUUUAAAGCAAUUCUUCUGAAGAAUGGUGCUGAGUUCACUGAUUCCCUCAUCAGUAACCUGCUGCGUCUCAUCCAGACAAUGCGGCCUCCACCAAAACCAUCCACGAGCAAAGAGGCAGUUGUCAAACCCAAAUCAGAGAAAGAAAAGUUGAGGGAAUUGUAUCCAGCCCUUUGCAGGCCAGACAAUCCCAACAUCAGGAACAUGCUGGAUGAAGAUGAUGUGAAGGUGGCAGCUGAUGCCCUGAAGGAGCUCGAAGCUCUGAUGCCCAGUGCAGACAAGCAGAGCAAGCAGAGGGGCAGCGACCAUAGGGUGAAGAAAAGGAAGAGGAGCCGAAGCCGUAGCAGGGACAGGAAACGGAGGCACAGAUCUCGCUCCAGGUCUCGUUCCAGGACUUGGGACAGGAACAGGGGAAAAUCCAGAUACAGGUCAAGGAGCAGGAGCUGGAGCCCCAGUAAGGAGCGCAAGGAUCGGGAGAAAUACCUUGAGAAGAGCCAUGAGAGGUGGAGAGACAAGCACAUAGACCGACCACCAGCUGAGGAGCCUUCCAUUGGGGACAUCUACAAUGGCAAAGUCACCAGCAUAAUGCAGUUUGGGUGCUUUGUGCAGCUGGAAGGACUGAGGAAACGUUGGGAGGGCUUGGUCCACAUCUCAGAGCUGCGAAGAGAAGGACGGGUUGCCAAUGUUGCUGAUGUUGUGAGCAAAGGACAAAGAGUGAAAGUCAAAGUGUUAUCUUUUACUGGGUCCAAAACCAGCCUGAGCAUGAAGGAUGUUGAUCAAGACACUGGGGAAGACCUGAACCCAAACCGUAGGAGGAACCUGGUUGGAGAACCCAACGAGGAAAGCUCCAUGAGGAACCCAGACAGACCCAGUCACCUGUCCCUGGUGAGCGCCCCCGAGGUGGAGGACGACAGCCUGGAGCGGAAACGCCUCACCCGCAUUUCUGACCCGGAGAAGUGGGAGAUAAAACAGAUGAUUGCAGCUAAUGUGCUUUCCAAGGAAGAGUUUCCUGACUUUGAUGAGGAGACUGGGAUUCUUCCUAAAGUUGAUGAUGAAGAAGAUGAGGAUCUUGAGAUUGAGCUGGUUGAAGAAGAGCCACCAUUUCUUCGAGGUCACACUAAACAGAGCAUGGAUAUGAGUCCCAUUAAAAUAGUAAAGAAUCCAGAUGGUUCCCUGUCCCAGGCUGCCAUGAUGCAAAGUGCUUUAGCUAAGGAGAGGCGAGAGCUUAAACAAGCCCAGAGAGAAGCAGAGAUGGAUUCCAUCCCCAUGGGCCUCAACACACACUGGGUGGAUCCUCUCCCUGAUGUGGAUGGAAGACAAAUAGCUGCCAACAUGCGAGGUAUUGGGAUGAUGCCAAAUGAUAUCCCAGAGUGGAAGAAACAUGCAUUUGGUGGCAACAAAGCUUCUUAUGGUAAGAAGACCCAGCUCUCCAUCAUUGAACAGAGAGAGAGCCUCCCAAUCUUCAGACUGAAGGAGCAGCUGAUACAAGCUGUGCAUGACAACCAGAUUCUGAUUGUUAUUGGAGAGACAGGAUCUGGGAAAACAACCCAGAUUACCCAGUACCUGGCUGAGGCAGGAUAUACCUCAAGAGGGAAGAUUGGAUGUACUCAGCCUCGCAGGGUGGCUGCAAUGUCUGUUGCAAAGAGGGUGUCAGAGGAAUUUGGUUGCUGCUUGGGACAAGAGGUUGGCUACACCAUUAGGUUUGAGGACUGCACCAGCCCUGAGACUGUCAUCAAAUACAUGACAGAUGGCAUGUUACUGAGAGAGUGCCUGAUAGACCCAGAUCUCACCCAGUAUGCCAUCAUCAUGCUGGAUGAGGCCCAUGAGAGGACCAUCCAUACAGAUGUGCUCUUUGGCCUCCUGAAGAAGACAGUGCAGAAACGGCAGGACAUGAAGCUGAUAGUGACAUCAGCAACUCUGGAUGCUGUGAAAUUCUCUCAGUAUUUCUAUGAAGCACCAAUCUUCACAAUUCCUGGCAGAACAUACCCAGUAGAAAUUCUGUACACAAAAGAGCCAGAGACAGAUUAUUUGGAUGCCAGUCUGAUUACAGUAAUGCAGAUCCAUUUAACAGAGCCACCAGGUGACAUUUUGGUCUUUCUAACUGGCCAGGAAGAGAUUGACACUGCCUGUGAGAUCCUCUAUGAGAGGAUGAAAUCUCUAGGACCUGAUGUUCCAGAGUUAAUUAUCCUACCAGUGUAUUCAGCAUUGCCCAGUGAAAUGCAGACCAGGAUCUUUGACCCAGCCCCACCAGGGAGCAGAAAGGUUGUCAUUGCCACCAACAUUGCAGAGACAUCUUUGACCAUUGAUGGAAUAUAUUAUGUGGUUGAUCCUGGCUUUGUGAAGCAGAAAGUUUAUAACUCCAAGACUGGAAUUGACCAGCUGGUGGUGACACCAAUUUCCCAGGCUCAGGCCAAGCAGCGUGCAGGCAGGGCUGGCAGAACAGGCCCAGGAAAAUGCUACAGGCUGUACACAGAACGUGCCUACAGAGAUGAGAUGCUAACCACCAACGUGCCUGAAAUCCAGAGGACAAAUCUGGCCAGUACAGUGCUCUCCCUGAAGGCUAUGGGCAUCAAUGAUUUGCUGUCCUUUGACUUCAUGGAUGCUCCCCCCAUGGAAACUCUCAUUACUGCCAUGGAGCAGCUCUACACCCUGGGAGCUCUGGAUGAUGAGGGGCUGCUCACUCGACUUGGGCGUAGGAUGGCAGAAUUCCCCCUGGAGCCCAUGCUGUGUAAGAUGUUGAUCAUGUCUGUGCAUCUGGGAUGCAGUGAGGAGAUGCUGACAAUUGUGUCCAUGCUGUCUGUGCAGAAUGUGUUCUACAGGCCAAAGGAUAAACAAGCACUUGCUGAUCAAAAGAAAGCCAAGUUCCAUCAAACAGAAGGUGACCACCUCACUCUGCUGGCUGUGUACAAUUCCUGGAAGAACAAUAAGUUUUCAAACCCCUGGUGCUAUGAAAAUUUCAUCCAGGCCCGCUCCUUACGCCGGGCCCAGGACAUUCGCAAGCAGAUGUUGGGCAUCAUGGACAGGCAUAAGCUGGAUGUGGUGUCCUGUGGAAAGGCCACAGUUCGGGUCCAGAAGGCAAUUUGCAGUGGCUUCUUCAGGAAUGCAGCCAAGAAGGAUCCCCAGGAGGGGUACAGGACACUCAUUGACCAGCAGGUUGUCUACAUCCACCCAUCCAGUGCUCUCUUCAACAGGCAGCCUGAGUGGGUGGUGUAUCACGAGCUGGUGUUGACCACCAAGGAGUACAUGAGGGAGGUGACGACCAUCGAUCCUCGCUGGCUGGUGGAGUUUGCCCCAGCUUUCUUCAAGGUCUCUGACCCAACCAAGCUGAGCAAGCAGAAGAAGCAGCAGAGGCUGGAGCCCCUCUACAACCGCUACGAGGAGCCCAACGCCUGGAGGAUCUCCCGCGCCUUCCGCCGCCGCUGAGCUCGGAGCCCUCCUGCAUCUGUGGGACUGGGACUUGUGCACUGCUGCCACUGUCCUGGCAGACAGACAUCCCCAUGCAGCUCACCUGUGCAGCGUCAGCUGUGGCAGAGCAGGAGCUCAGGGGGCAGCCCAGAUGUGCUGCAGCUGCACGGGCUGCUGCAGCCUCUCACGAGUGGGUCUUGGAGCACUUCAGUGAUUCUUCUUUUGAGAGACAAAAUCUAAGCCUCAGGAGUCUGGGUACUGAGCUGAAAUUUUCAGCUUCUUCUUUUAGAGAUUCCCCUUUUGAGAGACCAAAUCAAAGACCCAGGAGUCUGGGUGCUGAGCUGAACAACACAAAAAAAAUUAGUGAUUUAAAACUGGUUAUUCACCUUUCAAGAGACAAAAUCUAAGCCUCAGGAGUCUGGGUACUGAGCUGAAAUUUUCAGCUUCCCCUUUUAGAGAUUCCCCUUUUAAGAGACAAAAUCUAAGACUCGGCAGUCUGGGUACUGAGCUGAACUACACAAAAAAAUGAUGAUUUAGUGUUCACCGGCCUGACUGGGUUCUGAGUGCCCAUUCAAAUGGAAUCUGGAAUAGUUUGUGGUUUUUACCCUGCUAAAAGGGAUUUAUUUCUGCUUAAUGUUCUUGGUCAGUGACUGCUUUUUGGGAGCAGUUCUCUAUUUUACCAGGUUCAUGCAUUUUCCCAUGCAGUGUAACUACUUGUAUUGUAUUUAAGCCAUCUAUGGUGAGAUAUUUAGUAUCUCUGGCUUUGGGAUAAGGCAGGAAAAAUUCUUGAAACCCAGCUAGAAUAUAUUUGGGCAAUGGCACAGGUCAGGCUGCAAGACUCACCCUUCAUCCCCAUCAGGGUUUAUCAACCAGUAAUGCCCCCUGCAGCACAGUUCCAUCUGGGAAUGUAAGUGGUUACCAAUGUUUGGACCUUUUAUACGAUGUGCCCUGUGCUUUAUUUUCACUUACAAUGUUUGUUGACAUCACAGCUGUUGGGUUUUUGUAAUAGAAUGAGCUCUUACAGCUAAAAUGUCUGUAAAUAUUGUAUAACAGUUCCUUGUUUUAAAAAGAAGUUGACUGCCCAGUGUGUGCUAUGUCAUGCCCAAACUAUCUGUAAAAUAUUUUUUUUUGUUGCUAACAGAUGAAAUUUAUGACUCCAUAGCUGUAGAAACCUUAUUUUUUUUCCAAAACUGGGACAUUUGCUAAAAUUAUUGUUGAAAUGAAGAGAAGUAGCUUGACUGGUUGUUCUACAGUGAAUUGGAAGAAUGUUUCACAUUGAAAAGUAACUAUGUUAGAAAUACCUCAGUGUACAAAGGUGAGCAGGGAUGUUGUUACAUGUCCUGAGCUUUCCCUCAUGUUGUAUCAUCAUAAAAUUAAAGGGAAUUGCAAAGUUUGUAA